AUGGAUCCGUAUCUCUUGUGGGUAGCUGGUAAAGAGCAGGAAGGACAUGCAGACAUUAUUCCCAUUGAAGACCCAGCAACAGGAGAGAUAUUUGCACAUUGUCAUGCCGCCUCACCCGAGGACGUUGAGACCGCCAUCUCAGCCGCCCACGACACAUACAAGUCGGGCAUAUGGUCACGCGCAAGUCGCCAUCAUCGCGCAGAUGUCCUCGAGAAAUGCGCAGCACUGCUUUCAAGUGCAAUUCCAGAAUUUAUCGCCCUCGAAUCGAAACAGACAGGUCGAGUGAUUCGAGAGAUGAACGCUCAGGUCCCGUCAUUGACGAGAUGGUUCAAAUACUAUGCGUCGCUACUACGCGUUGAAGAACGGUCUGUCCUUCCGACGAUGGGGAAACUACAUAAUUUUGUCGAUCGUAUUCCUUUAGGUGUUGUCGUUCAGAUUACACCGUUUAAUCAUCCGUUGUUGAUAGCUGUGAAGAAGUUGGCCCCUGCGCUUGCGGCUGGGAAUAGUGUUGUCAUUAAGCCCAGUGAACUGACACCCUUGACUACCUUGUUGCUUGCGAAGAUCCUUGGCCGGGCUGGAGUUCCUGACGGAGUGUUGAGCGUACUACCUGGAUACGGUGCUAUUACCGGCAAAGCGCUUGUUGAACACCCCCUAGUCAGAAAGGUGGAUGUCACUGGUGGUACUGAGUCUGGCAAAGCAAUUGGGAAAAUCGCAGGAGGAAACUUGGCCAAAUACACAGCAGAGUUAGGAGGCAAGGCGCCUCUGCUUGUGUUUAAAGAUGCCAAUAUCGACGCAGCGGUUAACGGAAUUGCCUUUGGAAGCUUUAUCGCCAGUGGCCAGACUUGCGUUGCCAGUACCAGAAUUAUCGUUGAGAACAGUAUCUUGGAGGAAGUUGUGCAGAAGCUCACAGCGAAGAUCGAGGGAAUUACACGACGCAUAGGGGCUCCAAGCAACUCAGAGUCAAUGAUGGGUCCUCUCAUCUCCGAAAAGCAAUUACGACAUGUCGAAAAUCUAGUUGAAGAAGCUCUCAACGGAGGCAAUGCGAUAUCCCUUACCGGUGCAAACCGUAUGGCUGGUCAAAGCUCUCUUGACGGAUCCAAGUUCGACAAGGGGUAUUUCUACCAGCCGACUUUGUUAAUCUCUCAGGACAAGGCGAACAACAGCAUUGUUAAGACCACUAUCUGGCGCGGGGAGGCCUUCGGUCCGGUAAUUGUAGUGGCUAGUUUCAAUACAGAAGAACAAGCCAUCGCCCUGGCGAAUGACACCGAGUUUGGAUUGGGGGCUGGCAUAUGGACAACCAACCUCUCCCAAUCGUUCCGGGUGUCAGAACAGAUUCAUGCUGGAAUCACCUGGGUAAAUACCCAUCAUCGCAAUGACCCCAGCAGUCCCUGGGGAGGUGCAACCAGUGCCAGUGGAGUGGGAAGUGAGAAUGGCAUUGAGGCUUAUCAGGCGUAUACUACAACUAAAAGUGUCAUCAUCAAUUAUGCUGAUCCGGAGGAGUCUCUGGCUAUGGAUGACUGGUUUGGAGAUGGGUCAAAGAAGGUCAGAUAUGGUUGA